AUGGACUCUCCAGAACACACCUCUCUACCCAGCCUCGGAAGCAUCUUUGGCAACUACCAGUUCGGUGCCCCUUCCCAGGUAAACGCAAACGACGGCGUUCCAGAGUCUCCGUUCACAGUCCUUCCAGCCACCCAACAGACCUUCGGUCCUCCAGCCUCACCUCCAGUAAUCGAACUUGCGGCCUUCUCCCUCGAGUGCCCAGCAGCUCAGAAGAGCCCCCCGUGCGGACAAUGCCGAGGCGCGCGCUUCGACUUCACAAAGUACUUCCACAACGAGAAGUUCUUCCGCGCUCCGCCCCACGAGCUCCUGAAGAUGAUCGAGCAGUCCUACCUCCUCAAGAACCGCCUCGGCAGCAUCCUGGUCACCUACAUCGUGCACAACCUCCACGACGACCACCGGAUGGCGGACAUCCUGACGGCCAUCACGGACUGGGUCGACAUGGUGGCGAGCCUGAUCGAGGCGGUUAGCGAAUCCAUGAUCAAUGCCGCAGGUGUCGCGGACGCGUUGGCAGCAGUGGAGGCGUGGACGAGUGGCUUUGCGGGGCAGCUGAGGGAGCAUCUGGGCCAGUUGACCGGGCAGAAGAUGGAGGUUCCCGCGGGAUGGAAGAAACAGAUGCUCUCGGAAUUUCGCAAGCGUUGGGAGAGUGUCUGGAUCCGCUGUGCGAACGCCUGUGCAUAUCACCAGGAUGUCGUUUCCAUGGACCAGGAUUGA